AUGGUGGCACCGAAGUCUGCAGUGUUGCGCCAGGUCGGCACGCUCACAACAAAGAACUUUAUCAUCCUGAUUGCCCGCCAUCCUGUCUCGACCAUCUACACUGCUCUCCUCCUUCCGAUCAUCCUUACUGUCUAUAUUGGCAUUGGGAAGAACCUCAACAGCCCUCAGAACGAUUAUGGCAUUGCAGAGCCUCGACCGAUUCGGUCGCUUCAAGAUGGCCUUGGCGCCGCCAGUGGAUUGCGCAACGAAGUUGUGUUCGUCAACAACGGACUCUCAGGGGGUGAAAUCGAUCGGGUCAUAGAUUUUCUCUCGGAAGAGGUAACUAGAGCGGGGAAGAAUGUAAGGACGGUUGAGAGACCAUCCGAGAUAGGCCGUAUCUGCCGCUCUUCCUUUCGGGCAACCACAUCCUGCUAUGGCGCCGUCAUCUUCAACUCUUCUCCCAAUGAGGGCGAUGGCAGCAUCUGGAACUACACUCUGCGUGGGGAUGGCGCUUUCGGAUCAACGUUCAAGGUGGACAACGACAACAAUGAUGUUCAGAUUUACAUGCUUCCCCUUCAACGAGCUGUUGACUCUGCCAUAGCCAACGCAAAUUCCACCAUAGCCAACUUGGCAACUCUCAGUAACGUCCAAGAAUGGGGGUUCACAGAUGAGACAGAGGAGGAACGGCAAGCUAGCGCGAGGAGAAGAUACCAACAGACCCUUAUCGAUUACCUUGGAGUCUCGUUUGUUCUCGCGCUCAUCGGCGUCAGUUAUCAUUUACCCGGGCACGUUGCAACUGAGCGUGAGAAAGGCUUGUCCCAACUCAUCGACGCCAUGAUGUUAACUCGUUACGAGUGGGAAGCGCAGGUUGUCCGUAUGCUAUCGACUUUCUACUCGUUCGCAUCCAUUUAUCUCCCAGGCUGGAUUGUUGCUUCCAUUAUUGCGAGGAGCAUGAUAUGGAAGGAGUCAAACAUUGGCAUCGUGCUGGUGUUCUUCAUCUUGGGCGGUCUGGCACUCACUUCUCAAGCUCUACUUGGGGCUUCUUUCUUUAAGAAGGCUCAGCUUUCCGGAGUUAUCAACUCCUUGGUUUACGUCCUCCUAGGCGUCCUUGCACAAGCUCUUCCCAAUGCCAGUACCGGUGUCGUUGCAGUUUCGAGCCUACUUUUCACACCUUGUGCUUUUGUCUUUUUCAUCAAGUCUAUUGCACGGUUUGAAGCCGAGGGUCAAGCAAUGAAUAUGCUCAAGGUUCCGCCAAACAGCGCUUCUACUCUGCCCGGUAUUGUCAUCUGGAUCUUUUUGAUCGCCCAGCUCUUGGUAUAUCCGCUUCUUGCAGCCUUUUUUGAGCGCCAAAUACACGGCGUCGGUUCUGAGAGUCGCAGAAUUUACAAAGGCGAGGGCGUUCAACCACAAAAUGCUGUUACCAUUAGCGGGUUGUCCAAAAUUUACUCGCCCAGUAUAUUCCGCCGGAGUUUCUCAUUCAUCUUUCGAUCUCGACCUCCAACCGUUGCUGUCAACAACCUCGACCUGACAGCAAAACGGGGUGAGAUUUUAGCCCUUCUUGGGGCAAAUGGGAGCGGCAAGAGCACAACGCUUGAUGCCAUUGCUGGAAUGAACCGUUUUAACCAUGGUAGCGUUUCCAUUGAUGCAUCUGGAGGCAUUGGUAUUGCACCUCAGAAGAAUGUCCUCUGGGAUGAGCUGACCGUGGCUGAACAUAUCACCAUUUUCAACCAGCUCAAGUCUCCAGGGGGCACUGUUAAUGAGGAAGACCCAACCCUUUUGAUUACUUCCAUUGGGCUUGCUGCAAAACGAAAAGCUCAAUCCAAAACGCUUUCUGGAGGACAGAAGCGCAAAUUGCAGCUCGGUAUGAUGUUGACUGGUGGUAGCGCCGUCUGCUGCGUUGAUGAGGUGUCUUCUGGAAUCGACGCCCUAUCUAGGAGAAAGAUCUGGGACAUCCUUCUCUCCGAGAGGGGCAAAAGGACAAUCAUCAUGACAACGCACUUUCUUGAUGAGGCGGAUUUUCUGGCCGAUAACAUUGCGAUUCUAUCCAGGGGCAGUUUAAGAGCCGAAGGAUCUUCGGUGGCUCUCAAAAAUGCUCUUGGUGCUGGCUACCGGAUCCAUGUUCUCAACGCGAAGGAUGUCAGAGCGCCCCCAGAAGUGAGCGGCGUAACCAUGGUGGUUUCCUCGAAUACCACCGUUUACACUGCGCCUUCGUCCAGGUUAGCGGCUAAUGUUAUACGCACACUCGAAGCCCGUCAAAUUCCCUACAGGAUCUCAAGUCCCAACAUAGAGGACGUUUUUCUAAACGUGGCUGAAGAGGUCAAAGGGGAGCAACUCCAGUCACUUCAACAUGGAGAAGCUUGUGGAUCAACCGAAACAGGGCAAGAGCUCGCAGAGAAGGUCACAUCUGCCCAUGGCGAAAGAGACUUAAUGGGACUGCAGUCCGGCCGCCAGACAAGCUUCUUCGAACAGACUCCCGUCUUGGUACACAAGCGCUUCACAUUGUUCAAGACGAACUGGAUCCCACACGUCGUCGUAUUUAUCGCUCCGAUCAUCGCAGCUGCAAUCAUGCAGUUAUUGAUCGCCGACGAAGGUCCUACAAGCUGCGAUCCUGCAGACUUCGCCGGAUCAGGAGAUUUGGCUCGCUACAGAGCAGCUUUCAAAGAAGCCUCGAUAGCCGCUGGGCCGUCGUCAGCGUUAUCGACUUCCGUCAUUGGCAACUUCUUUGACUUUCUUACCCCUGUGUCGAACGGUUCCAUUGGAACCAGCAACAUCUCAUUGACCAACAGCUACCAAGACAUGGUACGGUUCAUCGAGGAAAACAGAAGAAACGUCACUCCUGGGGGUAUCUGGGCAGGCGACCAAGGAACUCCACCGACAGUUAUCUACAGAGCGGAUAACAACGCAAUCUACACUGCCGUCAUCGUUCAGAACUUUCUCAGUGUGAUGACAAGCAACAUCACCAUCGCCACCGUCUAUACACCAUUCGACAGUGUCAUUCCAAGUUCAACACUUACCACGGCUCAGCUGGCAAUAUACUUCAGCAUCAUCCUGUCUAUUAUCCCUGCCUUUUUCGGACUGUACCCGAACGUGGAGAGGCGAAAUCAUGUCCGCGGUUUGCAGUAUUCCAGCGGUGUUCAGUCAAUGCCUUUAUGGGCAUCUCAUCUGAUUUUCGAUUUUGGAAUCUUCUUCAUUCCACUCCUAGCAGCAGCGAUUAUCUUCACUCUGUCUUCUGACAUUUGGUACGCCCCGGGCUAUCUCUUCCCAGUCUUCCUUCUAUACGGCAUUACCUCCAUCCUUCUGUCCUACGUCUUUUCGCUGUUCACCAACAGCCAGGUUGCAACCUUCGCUGCAAUCAUGGCUUACAAUAGUGUCGGUUUCGCCAUUUAUCUAAUUGCCUUUCUCUAUAUUAUUACUUUCUCACCUGCCAUUGUGGCGGAUCGCAACAUACUCAUCGGUCAUUACACCAUCUCUGCUUUCUUUCCUGUGGCCUCUGUUUGCAGAGCCAUUCUUGUUGGUUUGAACACCUUCUCUCUAGCGUGCUCUGGAACAGGGUUUGGUUAUUCUGGGGCUUUGAAUGCCUAUGGUGGCCCUAUUCUCUAUCUCGUCAUACAGGCCAUCAUACUCUUCAGUAUCCUGCUAUAUAAUGACAGCGGGAACAAGAUACCGGUUUUCCUCAGACGGAAAAGAAGCUCUAUCGCUGGGUUAGUUCAAACGCAAGAGAACCCAGAGAUUGCCAAUGAGCUCUUGCGGGUCCAAUCGACCGGAAACGAUGACGGGCUUCAAGUCAAGCAUCUAACGAAGAGUUUUGGCGACUUCACGGCCGUCGAAAAUGUCUCAUUCGGCGUCCGUCACGGAGAAGUGUUUGCUCUACUCGGCCCUAAUGGUGCAGGCAAAUCCACAACGAUGUCGCUUAUCCGUGGUGACAUCCAACCUAGCAACAAUGGAGGCGAUGUUUUCGUCGAGAAAAUCUCUGUUGCCGACCAACGAGCCCUCGUCCGGUCGAAUCUUGGAGUCUGUCCCCAGUUCGAUGCCGUCGAUUCCAUGACAGUCAUUGAACAUCUUCGUCACUAUGCCAAACUGCGUGGUGUAUCCAAUGUCGAGCAGCAAGUUCGAGCAGUUAUCCGUGCAGUUGGCCUCGACGCACAUGUCAAUAUUAUGGCUCAUCAUUUGUCAGGUGGUAACAAGCGUAAGCUGUCCCUCGGUAUCGCACUCACGGGUAACCCGUCCGUUAUCCUCCUCGACGAGCCAUCAUCCGGUCUUGAUGCAGCAGCGAAGCGGAUCAUGUGGCGAACUCUCAGUACAAUUGUCCCUGGCCGCUCGAUUCUCCUCACCACUCAUAGCAUGGAAGAAGCUGACGCUCUAGCGAACCGGGCCGGGAUCGUUGCCCAGCGCAUGUUGGCUAUCGGCGAGGUUGAACAGUUGCAAAGUCGGUUUGGUGAUUCACUGUACGUGCAUCUGGUCAGUCGCUCCGCUCCACACUCGACAACUGAAGAAAUGGAGCAUAUACGUCAAUGGGUCGUCAAUGUGUUCCCAUCCGCCAGCGUUGAGUCUGCAACAUACCAUGGUCAGAUGCGUUUUUCGGUAUCUGCGUCGGACGUCUUGCAAAAAGCCCAACCGAACUGUCAUAACAAGAAUAUCUCUGAUGAUGAGAGGAGUCGCGAGCUCAGCGCUAUUGGCCAUCUGAUAACAAUGUUGGAAGACAACAAGAAUGCCCUCGGCAUCGAGCAUCAUAGUGUCAGUCCGACAACACUAAACGACGUCUUCCUCGCUAUUGUUGGACAACACGAUGUUCAGGAAGAGGGCUACGGAACUCAAACAGCUAGAAAGAAGACAAUUUGGCGAAAGAUUCUUCUCGGGUUCUGA